AUACUCUACACCAUCGACAACACCACCGACAACCACCGACAACUACACAAUAUCACCAUCAACAAUCUACCAGCACAAAUGUGGCAACAAGGCGCCCUGGGCGCAACCUACCAAGUCGCCCGUCUCAUCCAAAGCAUCAGUCUCAUCGCUAUCAUCGGGUUGACUGCCAAUUUCAUCUCCGAGAUAGUAGCCGUCAAUGGCGAGCCGCCGUCUAUUUUGAUUGGGACUUUGACAGUGACCUGCAUAGUAGUAAUCUACUGCAUAAUCACAUUCAUCCUCCUCCUCGACACAAUCCUCCCCUACCUCGCCGCCGCCAUCGCCGACACCCUCUGCCUCAUAGCCGUGAUAGUAGUGGCAGUCAUAAUCGGCAAGCCACUCUCCUACCUCAAAUGCGAGGAUCUCGGGCCCGGGGGCGACGGAGCCGGAGACAACUCGAGCGCAUACGCGUUCGCCACACACUUGGAUAGCUAUCUUGCGCAUCUGGGCAAGAAGAUCGAGUAUGGGAGCUUGAUUGGGGCGAGUAAGGCGGUUUGUUUGGAGGCGAAGAGUAUUUGGGGGUUGAGUAUUGCUUUGUGUAUCAUGUUCUUCUUUUCGGCGGUUUGUUUGGUCUGUCUUUGGAAGCAGAAGAAGGGGCCUGGGGGGAAGGGGGAUGUUUAAUAUGGACCUUGGGUAUGAGUGUGUGAGUAUGAGCAUGAGUAUGGAACUGGGUG